AGCGCGAUGUGUUUUGUGUACCCAAGAGGUCAGGAGGGUCGUUAAGAAAAUCUAAGCUGAAGCCAGCCACGCUGUCGUUGUGGAAUUUCUGCUUCGACAAUGUCGGACACUCCUGCCACCACCGAGAAGGCAUACCAUCCACGAAAUCGGAUGUUUGAGGGCCGUCAAAUCUCGAGUCGCUUGGUGCAUUUGCAUCACGGUUCAGGUUCUCGGAUGCUUGCACUAAAACCCGAAGAAAUUAAACCAACAGUCGCGACUUCGCUAUUCGGUGGUGCCAUUGCAGGCUGUGUGGCAAAAACAACCAUCGCCCCACUUGAUCGGACGAAGAUUUAUUUCCAAGUGUCCUCGACUCGUGGUUACUCUUUCAAAUCUGCUUUUAAGUUUGUAUUGUUAACAUACCGUGAGCAUGGAUUUUUCGCGUUAUUUCGCGGUAACUCGGCUACCAUGGUGCGCGUUAUGCCCUAUGCUGCAAUUCAGUUUGCUGCUUUCGAGCAAUAUCGACACUUGUUGAAUGUGGAUAUGGACGGAAAUCGAACUCCUGCCCGACGUUGCAUAGUCGGUUCGAUGGCGGGCGCCACGGCAACUUGUGCCACUUACCCAUUAGAUACAGCUAAAGCUCGAUUAUCUAUUUCAACCAAAAAAGAGUAUGCAUCACUUAUGGCGGUCUUUGUGAAAGUCGUUCGAGAAGGUGGUAUACUCGCAUUGUAUCGAGGAAUCUGGCCGACAGUGUUAGGGGUCACGCCGUAUGCUGGUGCUUCUUUUUUCACUUACGAAACUUUAAAACUUAAAUACGAGGAACGCACGGGUCAUUAUCCUACUGGCCCUUGGCGUAUGCUGUUUGGUGCUUUUGCUGGCCUUGUGGGACAAUCGUCAUCAUAUCCACUGGACAUCGUAAGAAGAAGAAUGCAGACAGGUCGACUAGAUCCGAGUAAUGGUGUUCUGCGGUCUCUCAUCCUCAUAUACAAGACGGAAGGACUAAAACGUGGACUUUACAAAGGCUUGAGCAUGAACUGGGUCAAAGGCCCUAUCGCUGUUGCGUAUUCGUUAACUGAUGUGAUAGCAUUAUUCAAGCCUUUAACUUCACCCGUGCUCUCAGUAUGCCAACUCAUUCUUCCUGCCGAUUGCUCAAUAAUGCAUCGCUUGACGCCCACCUGCCGGUUAGGAGAUCCGUGGGAGAUCCUAAUGGACAUAUGA